GGUUUCACCAAUCGUAUAAGACCACGAUCGCAAUGGCGGCGUGGCUGAACGGUUUUGCGUUAUCGGAUGGUUAGGUGUCGAUCUGGCGGUGCCGAGCGCGUUAGUCUCCUUGUUUACAGCAUAGCACAUCGGUGGAACUGAUUUUUUUCCUCCCCCAGUCAUGUACGGUUUCCUGAUAGUGGCAUUGCUGGAUAUAACCCUCGACGUGGUCGGAAGUGUCUCGCAGUCGGAGAUCACGAAACAUCUGGAGUACGGUAGGGAGUUCCUGGCGAAGGGCCAGUUGCAGGAUGCCCUGUCACACUACCACGCAGCCGUUGAGGGGGACCCGAGCAAUUACCUGACGUACUACAAGAGAGGCACGGUUUAUUUAGCGCUUGGCAAAGCCAAGUUUGCCCUCCUCGAUCUCGACAAGGUUCUGGAAUUGAAGGCGGAUUUCACGCCAGCGAGGCUGCAGCGCGGCAACAUUUUACUCAAGCAGGCCCACUUCGACGAGGCUGAAAGCGACUUUCGCAACGUGCUAGCAUUAGAACCAAAUAAUAGGGAUGCCUUGAAUGCCUUAGAUAGGUUAUACCCAGCUAGGGAAGAAAUGAAAUUAGUCGAUAUAUUUGUGUACGACGGCGAUCAUGUGGCAGCUGUGCAACAGAUCACUCGACUCAUCGAGAUAUGCCCGUGGUCCUCUUAUUUGAGGGAACGCAGGGCGGAGAGCCAUGUUGCCCUUGGAGAUUUUAUGAGCGCCAUAUCCGACAUACGUUCGACUACAAAAUUGCUGUCCGAUAAUACGGAGGGUUUCUUCAAGCUCUCGACGUGGCUGUACCGUCUCGGGGACGUUGACGAGGCAUUAAAGGAGAUUCGAGAAUGUUUGAAGCUCGAUCCAGACCAUAAGCAAUGUUUCCCGUUUUAUAAGAAGAUUAGGAAGAUAAAGAAGUUGCUGCAGGACGCGGAGACAGCGCUGGAGGAUAAGGAUUAUGACGUGUGCAUUGAUUCGGCUAAUCGUGCAUUGACGCAAGAGCCGAAUGAGCCGAAAGUACAGUUUACGGCUUACCAUUACCUCUGCCGAUGUUACGCGGAAACUUCUGAGACGACUCAGGCGAUCAAUAAUUGCCAACAGGCGUUAAACAUCAGGAGGGAACCGAAUGUGCUGUGCGACAGCGCAGAGGCGUAUCUUGCCGCGGAAUUGUUCGACGAUGCGAUCAGAGAGUUCAAGGAUGCAUUAGAGAUAGAUUCAAACUUCCAAAGAGCCAAACAGGGACUGCAAAAAGCGCAACAACGGCAAAAGAUAUCGGAGUCGCGAGAUUACUAUAAGAUCUUGGGCGUCUCGAGGACGGCGAAUAAGCGGGAUAUCAUCAAGGCUUAUCGGAAAGCGGCGCAGAAGUGGCAUCCCGAUAAUUUCCAGGAGGGCGACGAGAAAAAACGCGCGCAGAAGAAGUUCAUCGACAUCGCCGCCGCCAAGGAGGUCCUCACGGACGACGAGAAGAGGGCGAAAUUCGAUCAGGGCGAGGAUCCUCUGGAUCCGGAAUCGGGCCGACACCAGCAGGGCUUCAAUCCCUUCCAGGAGUUCCACCACUUCCACGGGUCUCCCUUCCAAUUUAAGUUCCACUUCAAUUAAACACGCCGCAAAUCUCGUCGUGAUAGCGAAAUUACCAUUCUCAAACGCGUGCGUGCUUGCGCGCGCGUGUCGCUUCGUCCGCGACGGACGAUCUUCACUUCGCCCUAGCCCGAAUUUUAUUUCGCUACCUCGUCUCGAUGGAGAUCGCACGUGUUUAACCCGAUUAUUAGACGGACUGAGAAGAUUCUAUGUGCACGAAUUGUGUCGACGUGUCGAUAGACUGAUGUCGAGAGAUCAGUGGCCAUCUCGCGAUACCGGGCAACGCAACUAUCUCGGCACGCAUUUGAUAAGACGCUAAGGUAGAUUUAAUCGCCCGCACUAGUUCGUCUACCGCAAAAAAAUUUGUAAUACAGUACUCUCUAGUACGUGCAGACUGAGCGAUGAAUAUAAUCUAUUUCGGCUCGCACAUAGACGUUUUGUCGCAUGUAAUUUUAUCAUCGCAUUACCGAUCUGUAUAUUACUGGUAAAAAAAAUCGUGAUUAUCUCCCGCGUAUAUCGCGAUACGGACGGGAUGUACAGUGAUUAUCACACUGCCACUGAUUGCUUCAGCGGCUGUUCAUUUUAGCUUGAGAAUGUGCGAACAACUAGAUCGAAUAAGUCCGAGAGACGUUUAUGCCUUUAUCGAGUACGAUACUGAGCCGAUAUAUUUAUAUCAUUACUUUCGCGUACGGGAUUCGUACUCGGUAAUGUUCAAAUGAUGUAUAGAACAAUGCUGUGCGCUUGUCAUGUUUGCAUGUGUGUGAGUCAGACCUUCAUGUAAAUACUGUAUUUCUGAUAUUUGUUUAAAAAUAUAUUUGAAUAAUUUAUACAGAUA